AUGUCUCCGAAACACCCCAUCUGUACCAAAACCUUUACUCUGAACAAUGACCAAGAAAUUCCCGCCGUAGGCCUAGGAACCUGGCUAGGCUCCACAUCCCCCUCCCCCUCCCAAGCCACCGAGCUCCACGCCUCCCUCUUGAAAGCCCUCUCAAAUGGCUACCACCUCAUCGACACCGCCCAAUACUACGGCAUAGAAUCCAUCAUCGGCUCCGCGAUCCUCGCCUCGGGAAUCCCACGCUCAGAAAUCACAGUCGUGACAAAGUUCUGGGGAGAAUGGCAUCACGACCCCGCUUCCGCACUCGAAAAAUCCCUCUCCUCUCUUGGCCUGGGAUACAUCGAUAUCUUCUUGAUGCAUUGGCCGAACGCCAUUCGUGUAGAGAAAGAUGGGAGCGAGACGAAUUUGGGGAUUGAUGAAAGUCCGACGUUUUUGGAAACGUGGAAGGUGAUGGAGGGGUUGGUGGGGCCGAGAUGUAGGGGCAUUGGGGUUAGCAAUUUUACGCAGAAGACAUUGCAGGCUUUGAUCGAUGGUGGUGCGAAGAUUUUGCCGUGUGUUAAUCAGGUGGAAUUGCAUGCUUUUAACCCGAAUUUGAAGCUUGUGCCUUGGAGUAAGCAGAGGGGAAUUCAUACAAUGAGUUGGAGUACACUGGGAGGAUUCUACCCCGGCGUCGAAAACGAAAUCUUCACUCACUCACUUUUCAAGAGCAUCGCCGCUGCUCAUGAUUGUGCAGUAAGCGUAGUGUCUUUAUCAUGGGCAGUCCAACGAGGCAUCACCAUCAUACCGAAAUCGAAUUUAGAUGCUCGUGUUGCUGAGAACAUUCGCCUCGUGGAUCUGAGCGAGGAUGAGAUGGAGAAGAUGAACAAUGCACAUAAGACCAUCAAGCAGAUUCAUCUCGUGGAUUGGAUCACAGCUAUUCUGGGGAAGAGGGCAGAUGGCACUCAACUGGUCAUGGGCUGGACGAAAGAGGACUUUGGAUGGGAGGAUAAGGAGGGUAAUUGGCUGCCGUGA